GCCUCGAGCCAGCGCUGAGUGGAGCCUGUCUGCCAACAGCUUCAGCAGCGGCUCUAUCUGGAUCCUACUACACUCACUGACAAUUAAAGGAGGCCCCCUUUUUCUUCUUAUUUUCGAGGACUAUUCUUCACCAUGGGCGACAAAAAGAGCCCUACCAGGCCAAAAAGACAAGCCAAACAGACCGCUGACGACGGCUAUUGGGACUGUAGCGUCUGCACCUUCAGAAACACCGCCGAGGCUUUCAAAUGCAGCAUCUGCGAUGUGAGGAAGGGCACAUCCACAAGGAAACCCAGGAUCAACUCCCAGCUGGUUGCUCAGCAGGUGGCUCAGCAGUACCCGAUGCCUCCCCCGCCCAAGAAGGAGCGGAGAGAGAGGAGCGAGCGCACAGAUAAGGAGCGCCCAGACGGCGAAGGAGAGCGAGCUAAUGGAGAGGGACGCCCAGAGGUUGAGCGUCCAGAGAGAGUGAGGCCAGAAGUGGAAACCCCAGAGAAGGACAAGAGCGAGAAGGAGCAGCCAAUCAAAGACAAACCCGACACAGAGAAGGACAUCAGCCCAGCUGUCACGAAGAAGCCCAGCAGCAAAAAGACCAGACCCAAAUCAGACAACCAUCAGAGUCCACCCAGCGACAAACACAGCAUACAGUCUGGCAAAUCCACAACUAAGACCAACAAGAACUCUCACAUUUCCAGGCCCAAACUGAAGAACAUUGACCGGAGUACCGCCCAGCAGUUGGCUAUCACCGUAGGGAAUGUGACAGUGAUUAUAACAGACUUUAAGGAGAAGACCCGCUCCUCCUCCACAUCCUCGUCCACCAUCACGUCCAGCGCGGGCUCCGAACAGCAGCACCAGAGCUCCGGCUCCGAGAGCAUGGACAAGGGCUCGUCGCGCGCCUCCACCCCUAAAGGGGAUCUCUCUGUGGGGCACGACGAAUCAUUCUGAGGUCCCGCCUCUUUUGCCCCAUCCUCACCCUGCUCCACUCCCCCUUUUCCCCCUUGUUUCUGGACACUAUGGAUCCCAUAGGGGGAGAGAUUUCACCUUUUCCCAUCGCUGCCCCGCCUCCAUUCCAUGAUCACCCCUGGAUGCUGAGAGGAGCUGGCUGGCCGAGAGGAACAGUGCGGUGCGCCUGCCGCGGAAACAAACGCCACGCUUUGGGAACUUCCCUCGUGGUUACACCCGUGGCACAGGCGAGGAGAGCUGGGCUAGACGGAAUAACGCCCCCACCCCGACCCCCCUGCGGUAGCAUCCAGACACUUGUAUGUAUUGUUUUAUAUUUGUACGUGGAUGUGAGGCCAAGUCGACAUUUUCUUUGUUUUGUUUUUGUAAAGAAGAAUUCUCCGCUGGGCACAAUAACCACCACCAUUUUAAUAACUUUAAACUAUUAUUACCCUUAUUUAUUACCUGUUGCACCUGUAUACUUUGAUAUUCUCCUUUUUAUGUUGAAGCUUUGCUGCGUAGCUCUGCCGAUCGAUGGUUCCUUCAGUGUUUUUAAUACAGUUUGAAAAUGAUAGGACAUCAUACACACAAACACCACAUACACACAAACGAACACACACACACACUGGUGCUAGAUACACUGUGAAGCGGUUUUGCAGAUCUGGGAUUGCCCAUUCACUCAAUGUGACGAAGUGCUGAUGAAUAAAAUUCUCAUUCACUUUUCUCAACAACACUGUCUCACUCUGAACACUGUCGGGACCUCCGUCAGGUCCGUCUACUUUUCUGUACAGGUCAGUGUGCAUCAGAAGAAGGUCACCUGAAGUUCAGACACCUGACUUUUUCAAAUAGAUUGUCUAUGAUUUAGUAUGCUAUAGCAGAUUAUACAGUAUCUUAUGUCCUUAACUGUACAGUGUAGGCUGUUGUGUAAAACACUAAAAGCUGUUGAUAUUUUCUGCAUUCCGUACUUAAAUAUUGAGUUUUCUGGCUGAAGGCAGAGCUGUCCUCUCAGCUCCAGAGCCAGAGUUUGUUCUGUUGUGACUGAAGGAUGGUUACACACAGUUCCACUUGGUAAAACCAUGUCGAACUGUAAAAUAGACCUGUUGUGUCAAGCUGUUGUGAAUCGACUUCUUUUUCUUUCCUCUUUUUUUUGUGGUCCUGAAGACAACUUUUGAAUCUUCAUCCGCUCAACUCAGAAAACAAGUGCAAAGACAUGAACAAUUUAGAAAGAUUGACAAUUCAAUUGACUUGUUUUUUUUUGUGUUAAUUUAAGACUCCUGUCAUUGAAGGCAAAAAAAAUACUGCAGUAGUGAAUACAAUACAAUUGUACUUUCAAUUUUAUAACAGCAAGGCUUAUUUAAGGGUUUUAAUUCACUUUCACCUUAGCUGAUACUAGACCAACAUAAUUUCCUUUUAACUGUAUGAAAUUGUAUAAAGAAUAAAUGUGUAUAUGAUAUCUUAGUUUUAUUUAUUGAAGGACCAAAGGAAUUUCAUAAUGACAUGAUGCAUAGACAGAUGAAUAACAAUUUGAAAUGCAAUUAUCUAAUGUGUGAGAUGAAUAACAGUUUAAAUAAAGACUAAUAUAAUCCAUGUAAAUGGUGUUCUUAUUGUCCACUCAUCUCUGUGCGCGGCUAAAUCGGGGCAGAGAUCGUCGUGGUCCACACAAAGUAGUGGAUGUUGCCUCAUCGUGGGGGCAAUAGAGGCAGUUUGGGUAGCUGGGAAGAACUCCUGGUUUAGAACUUUGGCCUUAGUAAGCCCCUCUUCACUCUGCUGGACUACCACCAGCACCUGUAGCUACCCCCGACAGAGACCCCAGCUCAACAGCUGAGCCACAAAUAAAACCAGGUUAGGUGAGAUUAACAUGCCCCAAAUAAACUCCUCCUCGGAUCCCAGGGGCAGGAUUUGAUCUGUGUCGACUAAAUGCUUUGCGGUUUCACACGUAGGGAUGAUAAUCACAUGCGUGUCGUAAGCAAUGUUCGAAGUCCAGGAGAUAUGUAUUCUUUUUUUUUUUUGCUUUUAAGCUAUGGUUAAUAUGUAAUUAUGUACUUUAUUGCAUACAAAUAUGGAAUCAGUGUUGAAAGUGAGGAAAAGCAAUGUGAAUAGAAACUUAAAAAAUGGGACUUCUUGGGUCAGAAGGGGAAAAUGUUUUAACUGAGAAUAAAACCCUGCUUUGUAAUGCAAUCUAUUAGAAAUGGGCCUAAAAAGCCAUCUUUUCACCUGCCUUAUCUGCAACCACAUUCACUCGACUGAGUACUCCGACAGAAAGGAUUCAUUGUUAAAUUAUUGACAAAUGACCAUUUGCUGAGUAUAUGAAUUAUUGCUUGUAUAUAGAAUUUUAAAAAGGUGCAAAGGCAAACACUAUGAAUAAUGGCAUUGGAGCUGAAGUCUUUUGUUUCCCGUUUCCUUCCCGCGCAAGCAGUUCUGUUCUUGUGUGCGACCAGUAACCUUAAUUUACUGUGUAAAGAUGGUUACAUUUUUUAGCUUUGUUUGUCAGAGACCCAAAUAUAGAAUGCUUGUUUACUGACUGUAUAACCUUAACCGUGAAUUUCCAAUUAAGUGUAUUAUACAAACUCAUUUCUUCCUAUAACAAUGUCUUGUACAAUGCUUUUAAAGUUAUUGCUCGGUUUAAAAAAAGAAAAAAGAAAAAAAUGUAGGGAGAGAACAAUAAUCCAUUCUUUGUUUAAUCCAGUUUUUCUUUUCUUUUGUUGUUUUUUUCUUUUAACUUAUAGCUGAUGUGUCAUUGUUUCCCCUUGUGAAAUGGUCACCUUAUGUUCCUGGUGUGGAAAUGUACGCAGCAUUUUCAGCAAAUCACGGCUCCUUGUCUAGCUUAUAAUGUUAAACUAAUACAUGUUUCUGGCAUGUGCACGACUUUGCGCUUAUAGGCUAACCUGAUCAUUUUCCUCCGCUUCAAAUAGAAAUGUCUAUUUAUGAAUUUUGCUUGUAGUUUUUCACAAAUAAAAUUGUUAAAAUUA